UGAAAUAUUUUUUCAAAAAAUGUAAUUGUUCAUAGUACUUGUAUAAUUUAACAUUGGUCUUCUUUUGUCCACUUUUAGUUUCCGUUUUCUUCAACGAUUUUCGAUAGUUGUCUCUUAUGUUAUUCCACCGUGUUUUGCAUGUUGAACCUGCAAUGAAAAUAAUAUUAUACAUAGAUUUAUUUGUUCCAGGUAUCUAACAACAGGGGAUUCUCUGAAGACAAUUUCAUUUAGUUACCGCUUGGGCCACAGCACAGCAUAUUCUAUAGUUAUGGAAACAUGCAAGAUAAUAAAGGAAACUCUGAUGAGUGAAAUGCUACCUUUGCCUACAGAAGAUAAAUGGAAAAUUAUUGCCAAUGACUUUAAAUUGUUGUGGAAUUUCCCUAACUGUGUCGGAGCACUGGAUGAGAAGCACAUAACAAUUCAGGCUCCCUCGAACAGUGGAUCUCUAUAUUUUGAUUACAAGAAAACAUUUUAAAUUGUUUUAAUGGCCCUUGUGGACGCGAACUAUAACUUUAUUGCCCUUGAUGUUGGGUCUUAUGGCAAAAACAGUGAUGGUGGCAUUUUUGCAAAUUCCAACCUAGGAAAAAGACUACAGCAAGGAACUUUAGGUAUACCUGGAAAUUCUCUGUUGCCAGGAACAUCAAUAGAAACACCACACGUGAUUGUGGGAGAUGAAGCAUUUCCUCUCAAAACAUAUUUAAUGCGACCUUAUCCAGGGCAAAAUUUGAAUGGGGACAAGCGCAUUUUUAAUUAUCGUUUAUCAAGAGCAAGAAGAAUUGUUGAAAAUACUUUCGAUAUAUUAACACAAAAGUUUAGAAUAUACAAUAGACGGAUCAACCAAGCUAACCCAGAAAAUGUAGAUAAUAUAGUACUCGCUACUUGUAUUUUACAUAACUUCAUCAAAUAUUUCAAUCCAAAUACAACACAUGAUUAUGAGGGUAAUCAACCUCAUACAAGCAGUUUACUAGAAACUGUGCAACCUCAAAGCGGAAACGCCACAGCGGGCGCAUUUCACGUUAGAGAAGUAUUCAAAAAUUAUUUUAUAUCUGAGGCAGGAUCAGUACCCUGGCAAGAAGAUAAAAUAUGA